AGCAAACAAUUAGGCUUGAGAGGAGGAGGAAGAUGGCACCACCACACUCCACCGUGGUUUCACCGGUGGUCACUCUUCUAUUGAGAGUUCUUACAUUCGUUUUCUUAUUAAUUUCGCUGAUCAUCCUCACCACCAACACCGCCACCUUAUCUAUCAGUUUGUCUACAUUCAAGAUCCGAUUUAAUGAUGUUUAUGCAUAUCGGUAUAUGCUUGCAACUAUUGUGAUGGGAAUUGCAUACACUUUGCUGCAAACUGUGUUCACCAUCUACCAACUGAGCACCGGAAAUCGCCUCAGUGGUGAUCGCCUUUUUCAGUUUGAUUUCUACGCCGACAAGGUUAUGUCCUACAUUCUAGCCACCGGUGCUGCUGCAGGUUUCGGGGCAACAGUAGAUUUGAAGUCAGUGUUUGAGGAGACUAGCUCCAGCUUUGACCAAUUUUUCAACAAGGGAAAAGCCGCCGCUAGCCUCCUCCUCCUUGGUUUCUUGUGCGCCGCAGUGUUGUCAAAUGAUGUUUCUCUUCCGAAGAGAGGUUAUUAA